ACCGGCGGGCGGGGGGGGCGGCCCAGCGCCGCAGUGCGGGCAGUAGGCGCCGGGGGAGUCCGGGCCUACGCGCACCUGUGCGGCCGCGCCAUGGUUCGGUUCGGGUUGACCGUCGUCCGGCAUGGAGAAACAAGAUACAACAAAGACAAGAUCCUGCAAGGUCAAGGGGUGGAUGAGCCUCUCUCUGAAACUGGUUUCAGACAAGCAGAUGCUGCUGGUUUAUUUCUCAGCAACGUGAAGUUUACUCAUGUCUUUUCAAGUGACCUCCUUCGGGCAAAGCAGACUGCUGCCACAAUUCUAGGAAAAAAUAAGUUUUGCAGAGAUUUGGAAAUCAAGUACGAUGCAAGACUUCGAGAGAGAAAAUACGGUGUUGCAGAAGGAAGGCCUUUGACUGACCUCAAGGCUAUGGCAAAGGCUGCUGGAGAGCAAUGUCCUUCAUACACACCUUCUGGAGGAGAGACAUUGGAUGAAGUAAGAGAACGUGCAAGGGAUUUUUUUGAAUUUCUGUGUCAUCUGGUUGUUGAAUUGGAACAGAAAGAGAAAGAUGUGCGUGGUGCAGCAUGUGGAAGCUCAGGAACAUCCAAAGAACAGUUUGUUUUCCCUUGGACAAACCACUGCAGUGAAGCAGAACUUAGUUCUGAUAACAGUGGAGCUUCUAAAAUAUUAGAUGCCAAUAUAUUAGUGGUAAGUCAUGGAGCCUACAUGAGGAACUGGAUUGGUUAUUUUGUCUCAGAUCUCAACUGUACUUUGCCAGCAAAUUUAACAAAGUCUCAGUUGUCUUCUGUCAGUCCCAAUACAGGAGUUAGUCACUUCAUCAUAAAACUUGAAAAUGGGAAUCUGUUAAAGCCUGAAAUCACAUGUGUUUGUCUUAAUCAAGACUCUCACUUAGUGGACCUGGGAGCUGAAUGUGUAGCUCCAAAAGUGUUUUCAUAGUCUUUGUAGGGGAGGGUGGUUUUAGAUCACCCUUAUAGUAAGCUUGGGAAAGGUAGCUGUAGUAAUUACUGAGACUGACUGGAUUUAUUGACACUAAACUGCAAAACUGAAGACAUGCAACUGCUUACCAUUUUAAAAUAACAUGAUUUGCAUGGUCCUAGUGCCUGAUAUAAGUUGGCACUAGAGGAAUAGCACAGAUGUUCUUUAUGAACAGAAACAUAAUACUUCCAGUCACUUGCAUAUCUGCUCCUACAGUGCAUAUUUUUAAAAGCUUCUCUCAUUUAGCCCGUAAUUAUAUUGGUUAUCUCCAGGUAAAAAUGUUGGGGAGGGUAGAGGAAUGGUACCUCAAAGAUGAGCUAUACUGUAUUCUUGUUUUAUUACAAAAAUGAUAUAUUGUAAUAUGAAACAUAUAUGUUGUCUUAAAAUAACUUUUCUUGAAUGCAAUAGUAUAACCUAAAAAUGAGCAUCAGCUAGUGGAAAAAGUUUGGUGCAGAGUCAGGGGAUGUGUUCCUGGCUCUGAUACUAAAUAGCUGUGAGACUCUGGGCAAAUCUCUUUUCCAUUUGUAAAAUGGGUAUGAUGAUACACCUACCUCACAGGAGUGUUUUGUAAGAAAUUGUUAGUGUUGUUGAGACCUCCCUUGAAGAGCACUGUACACAUACAUAGAGUAUUUAUUUUUAACUGUAAGCAGGAUGAGGAGCCUCAUGUGCACAUAGUUCUCUCUUCUGAAAAGGAAAAGGGUGAAUUAUGCCCAACUAGAAUCCUGUUGUCCAUUACAGUCGUACACCUGAGGAAUGAAUAGUUUUGCCUAGAAUUAGGCCAGUUUGAUUGCUUGAUGAUUGCUUGUAGGUCCUGUUAGUACUGUAUUCUUUCCCCCCUGGGGUGUUUGUAGUGUUAUUGUGUAACCUUAUCUAUUUUAUUUAUGAUAUCCACAUACUUUUUCUUCAUUUGCAUAUUUUAAGCCUAUUUCAAAAAAAUUAGUUAAAAAAUAAUUAAAGGCUCCU